AUGUUUUUCAAAAAACUUUGUGUAAUAUUUUCUCGCUUUUGGUUAUUUUCCCCCAUACCGUGGUCUGUUACUGCCAUCAUAACUUCUAUAGGGUGUUCUCAUUGGAAAAAAAGUGGAAGUUAA